AGAGGACGCUCGCUUCAGUCAUCUUAUCAGUCUCACCUGAACAAUAGCAGCGUCCGAAGACUGAAAAAAUGAGGAAAACUCUAGGAUUAUACCUGCUUUCUUUCAUAUUCUUUACAUGUUUUUCAACAUGUUUAUCAGGUAAAAGUUAUAGAAAUCAGUAUUCUUGAUAGUUUUGUUGAAAACGACAAGCGGAAAUUAUGAAAUGUUUUUAAAACUUCCAUAUUUGCUACAAAACAUUUAUAUUUGCAAGUAUUAUGCUAGAAAAAAUGAAUAGUAAUCUCUUAAAGAUGUACUGGUAUGGAGCCUAAAAUUACUGUUUUGGAGUUUUAGCGCCAAAAGUUCUUUAUUGAAAAUCUACUAUAUCUCGCCAAAAAAAAAUCUUUAAUAAAUUCUAUUUACAUUUUCAGUACGAUUUCUGUCGUCUCCACCUAAUUUGAUAGGAAAAGUUGGAGAAAGUUUAGAAAUGGGGUAUUCAUUUGACGGUAAAAUUUUAUAUUAAACAAUUAUAAUAUCGCUCAGUCACGCUUUUAUAUUUAAAUCAGAGACUACUAAUAUGGGUCUUUUUGGAGAUAGACCUGUAGUCCCUGACCGAAUAUAUCAAACUCCGACACUCUUCGCUACCACUUGGUCAGUAACACCAGCUGGAAUAUCUGAUCGCUAUAACUUUACUAUUAGAAGCCUAACAAAAGAUGUUCGAAAAAGAAUUACCGCUGAACUUUUGACCACCGGUCAACCAAUAUACCGUAAUCACAGCAUCACAGUGUACGAUUCGAAUCCAGUCCUUACUCGAAAUCCGCAAAAUAAUCUUAAAGAUGGCGAUAAAUUCGAGCUGACUUGUACAUUUGGAAAAUGGGGCCACGGAAUCUUUACUGGUGACUUCUACGUAGACAACGAAACGAUUUCUGGUGGCAGUGCAGACUUUAAAGUAGAGAGUGAUAAGAUUAUUUUUUCUGCAAAUUUUACUGCUGACUAUAAGGUUGAUAGAAAAGACAUCACUUGCAGAGUAUUUUCUAAAGAUCAGGGGUUCCCAAAUUAUAUUGCAAGCAACACAAUACGAUUUGAAGUUGAACAUAAAGUAACACAAAUAAAGAUUUCACCUGAUCCAUCUCAAUCGGAUAUUACAGUGAAAUCAGGUGAUACCAUCAACUGCACGGCAUCUGGAAAUCCUCCUCCUGAUUUUGAGUGGAGAAGAAAAGACGAAUCCGAAAGUCCUAAACAGGGAAAAACACUUACAGUUGCUAGCAAUUGGGAAAAUGGUGAACGAACAUAUAUUUGUACCGCCAAAAACGUAAUUAAUCAACAGCUUUAUACACAAAAUGCUUCUAUUACUUUUAAAAUUGAUAAUGCUGGAACAUCGUCAGGAAGUAAAUCUGGAACCGAGGCUUGGAAGAUUGCUGUUGCAACUGUUGGUGCUAUUUUGGGAGUAGCCCUAAUUGUCGGAAUAAUCGUAAUAGUCCUCGUAUUAAGGAAGAGAGGACGUAAGCAUAUUUCUUCCAAUUUAUCUCUUUCGAAAUCGAAACAAGCAUUUUCUCUUACAGAACAACCAAAGCCGCCAAUACGGUCUGAUGCAAGUAGAUCCCAAAAUAACGCUAAUGAUAACAACGAACUUCCAACUCAAAGAAAACCUGAUAAUAGAGUCCCAGCUGACAUACCUCGUAGUGUAGGUCCAUCUGUGGGUCCUCCAGACAGCACGCCCUUGUACAGUGAGCUACAAAGACCGAAAAGACCGUCAGCCUACGACAACCUUCCACCAUCAGCUUAUCAAACACAUAAUGUACCAUCCUCCAGAGCUCCUUACAUGCAAGGUGAUUUCGACGAUUCUUUGACUAGCUCUAAUGGUCCUCCACCAGAAUUAUCGCAGGCGCCAAGAUAUAUUAUGCCAUCUGGGCCACAGCCCAGACCCUCUAGACCUUUAAGACCGAAUUCAGGCACAGGACCAACAACAAUGGCACCAGGCUACAAUAAUUAUUCUCCCGAUACCCAAGUUUAG